CAACCGGUAAAUGAUGGACGGAGGUCCCUUCGACGAUCCGAUCUUCUCAGACUUUGGCGGACGAGGAGGCACGGGUGUCCACAGCAUCCAGGUGAUGCUGGGUCUGCACGGCGGCCAUCACGCUGGAGAUCUGAUGCCCACCGGCGGGCACCUUCACAAAUUGGACUCCUCGAACAGUCCUCCUCCGCACCAUCAGACCUCUCAUCACCACCUGCAACAGCAGCAGCAACAGAAGGAGCUGAAGGAGCUCGAGCUAGCUGGGAUGUACGCGCCUCUUCCUCAGACCCAGGACGUGACCACCUCGACGUCCAGCGCGGCGACGCCCACCUCCACGACGCUCCAACAGGGCCUGCAAAUCGGGAAUCCGUUGAAGAGGAAGCCCGAGGAUCCGAUGAACACCCUCACGCCAGUCAGCAACGAGGCCCAGCCAGCCAAGAAAGAUUCCAAGAAGAAGACUGACAACAAUGGAAUAAAGAAGAAAAAGACUAGAACAACGUUCACGGCGUAUCAGUUGGACGAGCUGGAGAAGGCGUUCGAACGCGCGCCAUACCCUGACGUUUUCGCGCGCGAAGAACUCGCUCUGAAGCUCGCCCUCUCGGAGUCCAGGGUACAAGUUUGGUUUCAAAAUCGGCGCGCCAAGUGGCGAAAGAGGGAACCUCCUCGCAAGACCGCCGGGUACAUGGCUGCUGGUUCUGCGAGCCCUGGUUUAUCAGGAUCGUUCACCUCGUUGAACAACACGCUGAAUCCUUUUGCGUCUCCCACGACGGCGACGGCGCCGCCUGACGCCUGGGCUUACUCACCCGCGUACGACUUGGCGCCCCACCUGAAUUUGCUCAGCCCGUCGAAUUCUCCUUACUCGACGUCGUUCGGGGGCCCGAGCAACAACGGUUCGGCGUACUCGUACGCGACGAUGCUGCCACAGCACGACGCGUCGCUGUUCUCCACGCCCUCGGGCAAUACGAUGCGCGUUCAUCAGGAUUACAUGAACGCCAGCAACAGUCCGCCACCUCUGACUCGCAACGAUUAUCAAACGAUGGUGACCGCCCACUCGCCUCCCACCCACCUGGCCAACUCCAUGUCCGAGGAGGAACACCAGCAAAACAAACAGCUGGAGUACGUGAGCGGUCUCAGCCCCGCGGACAAGUAUCAACACGAGCAGGCGGACUACGCGCAACAGCAGCACCAGCAGCAGCAACAGCAAGAACAGAAGCAGGAGUACAGCAUGCACUCGCCUCAGGGCCGCCAAAGCAUGAAGGAUCAGGUGAUCGUGAAGACGGAGCCAGGAACCCAACAGAAUUAUGUGCAGCUGCCUCCUUUUCUGAACUGACUCGAAACCUCCGUUCUAGACUUGUUCUAGAAGAAUAUCGAUAGAGAUCCCUGUAUGUACGACGAUGAUAAGGGAGGCAAUUGUUGGAGUCUUAUUUAAGAGCUAUUAGAUUGUCUUCUUUAUCGUCGCUCUAGGGCCUCUUGGCCCUCAUUUAAGGGGGAGCCUGAGAACAGACGCUUGCUCGAGAGUUUCGUUUUCGUUUUGGGUCGAGAGCGUCCGGGGAAUCGUCGAGUCUUGUAUAUAAAAGUGUUCUUUUAAUUAUGUUAUUACGCGAACG